GGCGGCGCAAAAAGACGCGGGGCGGGGGUUGUCCGCUCGCCCUCCCUCCCUCCCCCUCACACACACACACACACACACGGCUAAUGAUGCUCAGUCCGCGGCAGCCGCUCCACUGGACCGUCGGCGAUGGCGCUUAAACUCCCCCCUCAACAAAACCCCUGCAGCUCUUUGUCGCCGGUGAUCUGAACCCUGCAAAUCCAUUCAGUGCAUUUUUUUUUUAACCCGCAUGGGGCGAUUUUAAAAAGGAGGUUGUUUGACAUUAAAGGGCGCUGUCGCCAUGAGGAAAUCAACAUUUUACCUCACAAGUCGUGAUAUAAUUAUCUGUUUGAGAUGUUUUGCUGCAAACGUCAACGGUUUUGAGGGGAGGGACCAGUGGAAGGGCAGGUUUUUAAGCCACUGGUGAAGCCAUCCUGCCCUCGGUCAUCUCUGGCUUGGUGUGGUGAGAGGAAUUUUGCACAGGAAGAUUCCAGCAAGCCAGCAGGACCUUUCCUCCCUUCCCCAUCCUCCUUUCCCUUCUUCCCUACCUCCCUCCACCUCCCCCUCCCAUCUCCUCCUUCUUCCCUUCAUCUCCACCACCUUACUGCUCGUCCCCAUACCAUCUACUCCUUCCCUUCCUCCCCUACCACCCUCCUCCUCCUCCUCCCCUGCCACCCUACUCUUCCCCCUACCACCUCCACCCCUUGCUCUUCCUCAUUCCUUUUUGCAGAUGAAGCGGUGCAAGUCUGAUGAGCUGCCCCUGGAUGAGGAGUAUGGGGUGAUGGCUGGUACUGAUGCUGGGCUUCGACAGCAAGGUGAUGCCGCUCCUUCAGAGGCUGCCUGCCCAUUGCUCUCCCUGCCUUCAUCAUCCCGCAACAGCAAAACUCAAGAUUUGAAGAAAAUCCAGCAACUAUCUGAAGGAGGUGGUUCAGGUGGUAUGUUUGGACAUGGUUUGAAGCAGCUUUUCCAUCAUCGAAAGCGGUCUCGGGAGCGUGAUCAGAGUAUGCAGGAUUCAUCUCAACUCCAUCAUCCUUAUGGCCACUCCGAUCAUGACUCUGCAGAUGAAAAGGAACGAUCUCCUGAAAUGCAUCGCGUAUCCUAUGCUGUGUCCCUCCAUGAUCUUCCUGCUCGUCCCACAGCCUUCAACAGAGUGUUACAGCAGAUCCGGGCUCGACCAUCCAUCAAGAGAGGAGCUAGUCUCCACAGCAGCAGCAGGAGAACAAAAAGUGGAUCCAGUGAAGCCCAGAAAGGAAGCCCUCAUCUUGCGCGUAAAGCACCUCAGGACAGUUCACUGACUGCAAUCUUACAACAGCAUCAGUACAGACCCAGAUCAUCAUCCACUACGGACACCUCAAUUACUGCCGGAGAAAUUAUCGUUACACAUCCAGCGAGUGAAGAGUCAGAAAGAAACACCGACAAGCUUGAAAAGGGGGAUGCAAGUACACUCGGCCUGCCAGCAAACACAAGCUAUGGUGGCUCGGACACCAACAUCAGCCUUGAGGUUCCCGAUGGCACCCCAGAUCCCCAUAAGACAAAAGCUGCUAUCGACCAUCUUCAUCAGAAGAUCCUGAAAAUCACAGAGCAGAUAAAAAUUGAGCAGACUGCACGGGACGAUAAUGUAGCUGAGUACUUGAAGUUGGCCAACAAUGCAGACAAACAGCAAGCCUCCCGUAUCAAGCAAGUCUUUGAGAAGAAGAACCAGAAAUCGGCACAGACCAUAGCCCAGUUGCACAAGAAGCUAGAACACUACCACAGAAAGCUAAAAGUGGAGAAGGCCCAGGACAGAGAGGUCAAUAUGCAAUGCGAAGGGGAAUUAAAAUGCUUGGAAACCAGGAGAUCGCAUGGGCCAAGGCGGAUUGAGCAGAUAGAACAAAAUGGCCUCUCGAGGCAGCCAAAGGAUGUUCUCCGGGACAUGCAGCAAGGUCUCAAGGACGUGGGUGCCAACGUCAGAGCUGGUAUCAGUGGAUUUGGCGGAGGUGUGGUGGAAGGUGUGAAGGGAGGUUUGUCUGGCCUUUCCCAGGUCACUCACACUGCCGUCGUCUCAAAGCCAAGGGAGUUUGCCAGCCUGAUACGGAACAAGUUUGGCAGCGCUGACAACAUUGCCCAUUUGAAAGACACGUUGGAUGAGUCGCACCAGGAGGAAGCCACCAGGACACUAAGUGGCAGUGCUACGCUGGUGUCCAGUCCCAAGUAUGGAAGCGAGGAUGAAUGUUCCAGUGCAACCUCUGGCUCUGCAGGUGGCAGCAACUCUGGGGCAGGAGCUGGAGGCAUGGGCAGUCCAAAGUCAAAUACUUUGGACAGCCAUCAUAACAAUUUUGAUACUAUUCUGGAUGAACUUCGUGAAAUUAAAGAAAGUCAGUCCCAUUUAGAGGAUGCUAUGGAAGAUUUGAAAGGACAGCUACAAAGAGACUAUGCCUAUAUGACACAGUGUUUGCAGGAAGAACGAUACAGGUAUGAGCGUUUGGAGGAGCAACUGAAUGAUUUGACUGAGCUUCAUCAAAAUGAAAUGUCUAACUUGAAACAGGAACUUGCCAGUAUGGAAGAAAAAGUGGCUUACCAGUCAGAUGAGAGAGCCAGAGAUAUCCAGGAGGCUCUGGAGUCGUGUCUUACCCGGAUUACCAAGUUGGAACUUCAGCAGCAGCAACAGCAAGUGGUGCAGCUGGAGGGAGUGGAGAAUGCUAAUGCUAGGGCACUCCUGGGCAAAUUCAUCAACGUUAUCUUGGCACUCAUGGCUGUCAUUCUGGUCUUCGUCUCCACCAUUGCUAACUUUAUUACUCCUCUAAUGAAGACACGUUUCCGGGUGCUAAGCACACUGCUACUGGUGCUGUUCCUUGUUUCUCUGUGGAAGCAAUGGGAAAAUAUUGUAUAUUUCUCAGAACAGAUCUGGUUGCCCAGUUGAUCUAGACGCCGUUGGUUAGAUGGCAGACCGGCGUGAUUUUUUUCUUAAAGACAGGAUUUCAGGAACUUGUUAUUUUUCUCUUCCUCGUCCCCUGCCUCCACCAUUACUUGUUGACAAUAUCACCAGUUAACGGACACAGGCAACAGUGCAAGAUGGAGCCCGGUCAGGAGGCAGAGUUCUGAUAGAGCCGAUCAAACUACUUCUCUUUUGGAAAGGUUGUAAUCAAAACAGCUCUGGAGAAACUGCACGCACACUGAGCGAACUACCGAGUGCAAUUUGAGGAAGCCACUGCUCUUACUGUGCUUUACCAUUUCAGUAUUUUUUUUUUGUUUACUUGUUAAGUUAUAACAAAUAUUUAAUUUCUUGAGGGAGGAGCAGGGAGAGAAAAUGUAUUGUUUGCGUGAGUGCUGAUAUUUAUUAUAACUAAUAUACAUUCGAUUGUAUAGUAAAGAGGUUUGCAAAAUCCCUUAAACUUAAUCACAUUGCACAUUCCUGUUUAUGUAAAACAAUCCGAGAAACAAGUACGUUCAUUUCUAAGGCACUCGGUGAAAGAGUGUCAGAGGUAAUUUUGUUGGACAGCUUCGGCAAAAGUGUGAAGGAAAUUUCAUUUCAUGUGGGUAUGUUUGCAAUGAAGAAAUAGUAAGAAUUUUGGAGGAAAAUUUCGAACAUGCCCUUGGUGACACAUUGCUGCAGCAUUAGACCAUUGUUUUUAGUUUUAACUAUUCCAGUCUUGCAUUUCUUUGCAAUUUAUUAAUUUAAUGCUGCCAGUGAUCAGGAGGUGGGGAAUCUUUCAAUGAUACACUGGCCAGCUGCUGCAGAAAUGAAAUGGCAAGAGAGUGCAUUAUCAAUAUCUUACUGAAUGUUGAGGGUGGGGUGGGAUGGGGUAGUGUGCGGACAGGACAUCUAAGGGCCUGCCAUCUCAGUAGAAAAUAGUUACAUUUAUAACAUGUUUAAAAACUCAUUUGAGAGUAAAAAUAUGGGAGGAGAUUUUUUUAUAUUCUUGGUGACACAUUGUUGCAGCAUUGGACCAUUUAUUUUUAUUUUUAACUUUUCCAAACUUGCAUUUCUUCUCAAUUUACUCAUUGGUGCCAGUGAUAAGGAGGUGGGAAACAUUUCAGUAGCUCACUGGCCAGCCACUGCAGAAAUGGUAUGGCAUUAAGACCAUCAUGAUAAAUGUUACAAAUUAAAUUAUUUACAUUUAAAAAAAAUGAAUUUAAGUAUGAUAGUUUAUUGCACUUUGUUCUCCCCACUACCUUUUGACCUGUUAACUAGGCAGGGGCCUUUCCCUCUCUGGCCACCCUGAAUCCAGUAACUAAGAGCAAGAAAGGAUUUUGUUGCGACUGGCGUUAAAAUUGUACCAAGUAGAUUUAUUUUUCCUGAGCUGCUACAAUGCCAAAUUGUUGCAGAGUAUGUUUGGUUUGUGUGGACAUAAGUGAUGCAUGAAAACUUUAACUUCAUCUGAAUACAGUGAUUUUUCUUUUGUUAUCUAUUUGUUUUUUUUAAAUAUUAUUUUAUUUUUGAGCAGUAUUUGAUGAAAGAACAAGUGGGUGUUUCUUCUCCAAGGCAGCAGCUAAAGAAUAUGAGUUGAUCAAGUGUUUAUCAGUUAUGUUAUCUUUUUUUGCUCUCUCAUCCUUCAUCCUCCAUUUUCAGUAUCAAACCAUUGUGAAGUAAAGGAGAACAAAUGCCUCAAUGAAUUGGUUAUUUUAUAUCAGGAAGCAUGAAAUGAGGAACACUGCACAGGACUCUAGUGGAUGGAUUGUGGCUGCAAAACAAACCAGUUACAACAAGCCACAAAGUGGACUGCAGAUCAAUCAAUCACCAUGGCUAUUUCCCCUUUAAACAAAAAACUCCAACAGAUUCCACAUCACAAUCCCAACCAUACAUUCGGCCUUUUUAAUCUACAGAUACAUUGUAGUCCCAUUCUUAAAAUGAUUUUUUGCUGUUCCAUUUCACACCUUGAAUUAGCCAUCUUGGUGUUAUUGAUCCUGAUAUGUAAUGUUUGGCUAGUGAUGUAACUCCAAAGAGUAGAUUGUUGAAGCAAAUACUGAUUGUAAUGGAGACAUUGUUCGGAUGGAGUGAAGGGAAAGCAGCCAUGAUAAUGUCUGUCACAUAAUUGGCAUUUAUAUAUAGAUUAAAAAAUAAGUAUUCCUGAAAAAAAUAAUUACCAUGACUACAGCACCUCAACAUAUGCUUUUAAGUUUUAAUGAGAACUGGCACUCCUUUAGGUGUUUGAUAAUGCUGGUUGUAACUCGGAUGGUUGUACUGCCACUUUAGUUGGUGCACGGUAUUGAGGUAAUGUUCCACUUUUGGAUGGGGCCUGUCAGCUCUUCCUGCUGGGCAUGGCCAAUUUUAAGUCAAUCUUUCAGGGAAAGGUCCGGACAUGCUUCCAGCAUCCCAACCAAUAUCAGCCAACAUUAAUAUAGCCAAUUAUUUGCCCAAUAUAAAACUACAGCUUGUGGGUCUGUUUGCCGGUUGCCUGCUGAGUUUUCUUCUCUUUCCAAGUAUCUCUACUAUUCUUUCAUUCGAAUGGUGAGUGCUGUGCAAUGCAAAUCUUUAACAACAAGCAUUGUCGGGUUGAGUAUUAAUUUGGUAAAAUUAAGUAGGGUACGGGGGGUUACUGGAGCAUCUGUGCAGAGGCUUAGUGGCCUGAAAAUCAAGUUAGAAAUGGGAUGGGGACUGUAUCUUCCUCCGCUAUGAUCAUUGCUAUCGUGAUGGCUAAAUAUGUAAACAUCUUACACAAUGUGAUUUCAGGUUAAAAAAAAACCCCACCCAGAGAUUCCUAGGUUUAAUUUCUGGGUUGCAAUGCAUCAGCAGGGGUGAAAGGAUGACACAAACUGACUUCAAUGGGGGAAGGGAAAAUCAGCCUUCGCUCUGUCCACUGACCCAUAUUUAGCUAUUUCUGUGUGCAUUUGCAGUUCGAGGUCGCAUAGGACUCCAUGGAGCUAAUCCAUGAGCUCAUUCCUGAUUGAAUAGCAUUCCUGCCAAGGCUUUGGGGCUGGUGCACCAAAAUGAUAGCUAGAAUUGAGGGACAGAGAGAGUAGAGAGAGACUGUACCAAUACAAGGGGUCGAUGUUGAGGACGGAAGGAGAGAAAAUGGAGGAAGGGAGAGCCUUUUUUUUAAAUUUGGGAAUUAACUAAUUUAAUCUCUUCGUAUUGUAAGUAAACCUAAUCACAGCAUAUUUGGUGCUGGAAUAAAGUGUGAGAAUGUAGUGUCAGCAGGAUCUAACUAUUCUAUCAGUAAUACACUGCAGUAUGUGUAACAGGAAGGGCGAUAAUACAAGGUAAUAUGCUGUUAACACGAUUAAAGUUCUCACCAUGUAGGAAGGGAUGUGCUUUCCUGUAAAAGAACAGCACAAGGAAAAGCCAUGUACCGUGUGAAGGUCAACCACGAAUCUCCAGUGUAAGAAAAACAGAUUAAAAACAAAAGAACGUAGAGGUGAUGUCGGAGCAUUACAUUUCUAAUUUUGGUUGACACAGAAAUUUAGUACAUAAUGUUUAAUUUUCCAGUUUUCAUUCCAAAUAUUUAGAAAGGGAGCUGAUUUUGUAAAUUUGCCUGACUGCUCGAUUGCCUUCCUGCCAAUUUUGAUGCAAAACUUACAUAAAUGCAUAAGUACUUACAUAAGUAAUGUGACAGAUUUACUCAGUUGUUUCCAUUGAUAAUGGACGUUGGAUUUAUAUUGGAAAUUUAAGAACAAUUUUUAAAUAUGUUGGCAUAGCAUGAUCCAUUUUUCAUCAUUUUAACACUCGGAGUAACAGCAUGAGACGUUGAUUAGUCAAAUAAUACAGAAUAAUGUUCAAAGUAAAUGAAUUUCUGGAACUGAAUAAGUUAUAAAUAGGCUAUUUUUUUUGAAGUUCGCGUUCCCAUUAAUUCAAUAACACUAAUGAUUAUCAGUCCUAAUAGGCCAUGGUUUAAGAUUUGGCAUUUGAUUUUGUUAGUUUGAAACUGUGCGGCAAAUUUCUCCCUCCACUACUGGUGCCAAAAACUCUGUCAGUCGCCCCAUCAAAUUACAUUCAUCAUGAUUACACUUAACCACUGCACUCGUUGUCUAGCAUAAGUGGGAUUGUGUGUGUGAUGAAAAUCUGAAGCAGACACAGAGAAUUCAGUGAGAAUUCAACACCAGUCUGUCGGACGUUUCUGAAGCGAGCAGACCAGCUAACGUCCAGGCUGUGAAACCUUCAGAUUUGAAAAAUGAUGCGCAGGCAGGCAUGUUUUAAGCUUCAGAACAGUGACAAGCAAAGCCUGUGAGGAAUCCAUGUUUGGAAUAAUAAAAUAGAUUUUGUGUUCUAUCACUUCAUUCAUGAUAAGCCUCUAAAUUUGUAUGUUUGUGCAGACCCCUCCCAUUUGUUUUCUAAUUGUGCUUUUUUCUUUGAAGAGUGUACUUUAUGCUAAAUGGAAAAUCGAUUAUAUUUAAAAAAAAAAAAAAAAAAUCUAUAUUACAAAUCCUCUCCUCCCUAUUCCCUCCGGCUACUGAUUGAUCUGUCAUGCACUUGCGUUAUUCUCUGUCUCUGUUUAAGUUACUUUUGGGGUAUGGUUUUGGAUUUCUCAGCAAACCACGAUCGCUUCAGAAAAUGAAUGCGCAAGACUGCAAAGACUGGAAUCGUGAGCAAAAAAAAUACAACUUGUCAGACAGCAAAUUGGGCAACAUCUGUGAAAGGGAAAUGACAGACAUGUCUGAAGAAGGGUCUCGACCCUAAAUGUCGUAUGUUCAUUUCUCUCCACAGAUGCUGCCUGACCCACUGAGUUCCUCCAGUACUUUGGUUUUUGCGUCAGAAAAUGAGAUGGGUUGUUGUAAAGUCCAGCAUCAAACCACCAAAAUGUACUUGUGAUUUGUUCUGUGUGUAUAUUUGAAUAUUUUGCACAAAAACAGCAAAUGGUGUUAGUACUUCAAAAGCAAACGUACAAAAAAAUGUUCACUACAAAUAGUAUGCCCUGGUUAUAGGCAUGAAACUAUACAGAAAACUAUGUUGGGAAAAAAACAUCAUCCUGUAACUGCAAAUCCAAAACCUUUUGGGUGAACUUUAGUUUGAAAAUUUUCUAUUUGCAAUUUUGACUUAACCAUUUUCACAUAUUGAUAGUCGUAUAAUAUUAGUCUGUUGGACGCGAAGUUUUAAAACCAAAGUUUUAAUUGUAGACAUUAUCCCAUAUUGGGGGAAGAUUUCUGCUAUCGCUACAGUGAGUUUAUAAAUAAUUCCCACACAUGUGAUUCUAAAAAGUACUUUAUGAUAAUGGGAUUCAUUCCUCUCGAGUGCCAGCAGCUAGGCAAUUAAUUGAUUAUUCUCCUUUUCAAUUUUAAGAGUAUUGUACUUUGAAGAUUUACUGCCACUUCCUAAAUGGACCUCUCCUUGGGGAUCUUGCUGCUCUUCCACCAUCAAGCACUUUACGCAGGCAGAAUAGACCUUUGUUAUUAGGCUGCCAAAAAGGCUCUAUUACUUUGGCACAUAAAUACAAGAGGUAAGCAAUCCCGUUUUGGGAGAAUAACCUCUGAUGUACUGUCUUACUGUUGUUGCACUGGAUUAUACUAUGAAACAAAACAUGGGUGAAAGAUUGAAUGCACAGGACCCGAUGCAACUCCAUUUUACUGAAGCGGGCUGUCUUAAUCUGGUAGCGAAUCUGUAGACCUCCAUUUUAAGGGGUCUCCUGCCAUUUGUUCUCUGAAUGUCAUGUUAUUUACAUUAAACAGUGUUGCUAACAGAGAAAGAAUAGCAUGUCUACCACUGACUAACUUGUGUUAUUAACAUUAUAAUCUUAAUAUAGAGAGAGGGUAAGUUAUGGAAUGCAAACUCAUGCCUAGUUUAUGUCAUUAGGGUCUCUGGUAACUAACUAGAGUUCAAGUAAUUUACGAGUGUAUGAAAGAUGGCCUUUCAAUUGAAAUAAAGGAUGGCUCCCUGCAUAUGGUAUGUUUUGUUUUUACAUCUUCAUUAAUCGUUUGUAUACAUGCUUCAAAGUUGCUUUUCAUGCCUUAUGAACUGCUUCCCUGCCUUUAUGAUCAGCUGCUGCUUAUUUGAAAGUUCUCAAACAUGGGGGUAAAUGAGAAGUUGUGUUGAGAAUCAGGAGUGCUUUCUACUUGAGGUACAUCCCACUUUUGUGAUUUUAAAAUGAUAUUUGGAAGGUGUGGUUUGUUUUAUUUCAAUCACCUUUGCACCGUUGGUGAUUUUUCCACCCCUGAUUAUAUCAACAUAUGUCUCAGAUUAAGCUGUGCUUGCUAAAUUUUUGGUUGGACCAACAUUAUAUCUGAUUAUUAUUUUAAAUGUGGACAUUUGCUAUGAAAGAAUCCUCUGCAGCCCAGAAAAUUAAUUUCCAUUCAAAGUCAAUGUAUGUAUUAAAGUUUUUCCUCUGUAUCCAAUUACAAGACAGUUAUCUUCACUUCUGUUGCAUGAAAGAGGAUACUGCAGCCAAUAGAGCAGAUUUUAUUGAGCAGAUUUACAGUUGUAAUUCAUCUUUAAUUUCUAUGUUCUGCACCAAAACUGGAAAUACUUUCCUAAUUUUGGAUUCUAAUGGUUCAAACAUUAAAAAGGGGUUAAAACUAGUGGACAUUCAAAAAAAACGUAACAAUCUCUUCAAAUGUGCAGUAUGAAUCUAAUGCAAGUCAGUAUAGCUUUAAUGCUAUAUAAACAUUUGUCUGUACUUGUGGUUCAACAGAGCACAUGUGUGGAACUUGCACUGUAUUUCUUCAAGACAGUUUUAUUGAUUAGAAGCAAGGUCCAUUGUGCUCCAGGAGGAAAUACAGAACCUUGAAGGUUAUGAGUUAUAAAUGCUAACUCUAUGGAAGUCAUAAUUCCUUCAGUUGUUAAAGUGAAUGUAAUCGACCACAAUACUCCCUGUGUGCUGCAAGGUCCAAAGUUUAUUUUAUUAGUUGUUUAAUUAGAUAGCCUGAAGUUAAAUUGUAGUAUAUUUAUUUAUAUUACUGAUUUGAAUUAUUUAAUUGCUCUUCUCGCUGACAAACCUUUCACAGAAGUUGCGGACUCCUCACGCCUUUACAGGCUAGCUGCUCCUUCAUACUUUAUUUCUUCACCAGCUCCUGGGGAACAAGUUUGUAAAGGCUGUUUUUGGUAGCAUUCCUAGGCAGUGUAACUGUAGAUAUUCACCGAUUGGAUUAGUUCCAAUGUUGUUAUUUAAAGAUUAUACUUAUUUAAAAUAUUUUCUUUUAUUUACUUGUUAAACAAUAUUUAUUACUGAAAAGCAACUGCUGUAGAUUUUUUUUUCCCUUAGAAAUCCAACAAUCGAAAAUACUUUUCUUGUAUACGGAGAAAUGUGUUCAGCUUUGGUUUUGGAAAAACUGGGCUCUGUUGUGAAGUCUUUCUGGAAGAAUUUUGUGCUCUCCAUUCUGUCACAAGAUGCAUUACAAACUUUUAGGCCACCCAGAAAUCCAUUCUGAAUCCAGAUCACUUUGUGCAUGGAUUUGUUCCUGAUACCAGUCCUAAAAUUAUUCAAACCUGUUACUUGUUUACUUCAGAUGUGUGUCUAUCGACUUGUUUACCACAGAUGGCCUCAAAGUAUGCAUUGAUGUAACAAAGAGAAUUUUACCAUCCCUGUACCUUAGCUUGUUUCUCCCCCACUUCCAACGUAGCGCGGAUACAUAAUUUAAUGUUGUGUAUUGAGCAUAACCCGAGGCUGCAGUUGGGAUACAGUGUUGGACUAGGACUAAUUGAAGUUCAAUUCCCAAUCCUAUCUCGCUGCUGAUGCCGACUGGACAAAUGUGGGUGGUAGUGUGCUUGUGAUUUUCUGUGUGAUUGAAUUGCCUGAGAAUAGUUGGAGUUGUCACAGGAAGGGCUGGAUAGACAGAUGUCCGAGGACAGAUCCCAGAUCCAUUACAAGAAGACUCUCUGUUCAGACAAUAAUACUGAGGUGGCCAGAGAGGAAAACUGAAUUACAAUCUCAAGGCAUUUUUGACAGACAUUAUUAAAGUAUGGAUUUAUUGGGAGUUUGUGAAUUGUUUAAACCUAAAACUUUCCACCAAUUUCCAUGCUGGUUGCUUCGACACUGUAGAUGUCCAAUUAUAGUGGUCAUUUUCUUCACUACCUGAAGCAUGUACUAAUGUCAAGGAAUUUGAUGUCUAUACCCUUGAGAUAUUCAGGUGGUUAAAGAAUUACUUUUCUUUUUGUUUAUUUUGUUGUCUCCAAUGGAGAGACAUUACUGAACAAAUAAUGGUAUAUACAAUGGUAAAAAGAGAGGAUAAAUAAUUAAUUGGUACCUUUUGGUUACUGAGUCCUUGGGGAAAUUUUACCAAUGUUCCUCGUUAUUCAAAUGUGUGUAGCAAGAAGUUAUAGGUACUAAAGUUUUCAAUUAUAUGCAAUGUGUGUUGAAAAAUUCCAUAAUUCAUUUUACUUUCUGGAAGAAGAAUAAAUGUUCUAAAUAACUGUACACUUCUCCGUACAAUCGAAAUAACCGUAAAUAAAAUUAUUUUGGAAAAAAA